AUGGUCCAAUUAAAUUUUACAAUCUUUCGUCAGCAAUUUAUUAUUUUAAAAACACAAGAAGUUUAUAAUAUGACUGAGGACAUCUACCCUUUGUUCGGAUGGGAUGACCCUGUUCCGAACGAAUUCAAAGAGAUCUUCUCCAAAUGCGCCAAGUAAGAAUUUAAAUGAUUGUUGUACUUUUAGUGAGUCAGACUCCCGAAAGUGUAGUAGCACAUUAGAAGAAUCCUUAAGUAGUUGAGUUGUGUGUAUGUUUUUAGUAGUGGACGAGGAUUACGAGAUAAUAGGAAGAAGCCAAAAUGAAAAUUCAAUCUGCCCGCUCUGCUACCAAACUGUGCAAUCAGGUCACACACAAUUGUACUCCAAUCUCCUUUCCCAGUACUUUGAUGUCCACACUCAAUGCGCCCUCACUUGCAAACAUAAAACAGCACAACUUGCCCUCUUAACAGAUUCAAUCUAGCAUGCGCAAAUUAUGGAACGAGUCCCAGUAGACUACGACCUAUUGGAUCUGAAUGUCAAAGUCUUCGUGGAAUUCAGAAUAUUUCACACCAUCGCACAACAACCCUACCUCAGCCUCACGCAUUCCACCACACUCAAACAGAAGAAAAACACAUCCAUCCUAAUCGAUUACGCAAAUCUGAGAGAGUACUUCGGUAAAAGACAGAAACACCUUGUCCCGCUGAUGCAAGGUCGCAUUCAAAUCGACGUUCACAUCAUGGAUAGCAAUCUCAUGCAAGAAGCCAAGAAUGUCCAUAGCUACGAAUUCUACUACAAUGCAAACAAAGUUACCAGCGAUUACAUCUGCAUCGGAUAUGAUGACAUAUGCAUCUCUAUGUAACUAGAAGAAGAACACAACCAACCUCAAUUGUGCUUGAAAUCACUCCAAAUCAACUUGUCUCCAGACUUAGCCAAACAACUCACCAAACAAUCACCCAAGUCCUCCCCCAUUGUUGAUUCAUUCCUCUUCUCACCCAAAACCCGUAUUUUCACGCCNAAAGCAGAUGAAGGUCUUUGA